AGGCUCGGGUCAACAAUGAUCCGCCGGUUCGCCCCACCUACCUCCUACUCCUUGUCGGCUCCCAAGCUACAAAAGACCUCCGCUCACCUCUGCGUCUACACACAGAGACUUGCGCUUCUUUCUUUGCAGCAGUUCCUUCAAUUUCAGACACAUUUGAUCAACAUGGCAGUGACACUUGCGUACUGGGACAUUCGCGGGCUUGCCCAGCCCAUUCGCCUCCUGCUGGAGUACACCGGCACCAAGUACGAGAACAAGUUUUUUGUCUGUGGAGAAGCUCCAAACUAUGACAAGAGCUGCUGGUUUGAUGAAAAACCAAAACUUGGAUUGGACUUUCCCAAUCUUCCCUACCUGGUGGAUGGAGACAGGAAGAUUGUGCAGAGUAGUGCUAUCAUGAGAUACAUUGCUCGCAAACACAACUUGUGUGGAGAGACUGAAGAUGAAAAGAUCCGAGUAGACAUCCUGGAGAAUCAGGCCAUAGACUUCAGAAAUGGCUUUGUGAGGCUCUGCUACUUCGACUUUGAUGGCAUGAAGCCAGGGUACCUGAAGGCACUGCCAGGUGUACUGAAGCAGUUCUCAGAUUUCUUGGGAGACAGGAAGUGGUUUGCUGGUGAAAAGAUCACAUUUGUGGACUUCAUCAUGUACGAGUUGUUGGAUCAACACAAGAUGUUUCAUCCUUCGUGCCUGGAUGACCUCAAAAACCUGAAAGACUUUGUGAGCCGUUUUGAGGCUCUGGACAAGAUUGCUGCCUACAUGAAAUCCAACAGAUUCAUAAAGACUCCUGUCUGCAACAAGAUGGCCAAAUGGGGAAACAAGAAAGAGUGAAGACUGAAUCCAUUUAUGCCUUAAAGGAAAGCUGAUGUUCCAAGUGCCACUGACUGAACCAGAGAUUCAAAAUGGAAGUUUCUGUGCCAAUUAUCUUAUUUUUUUUUUAAUAAACCAUCUUUAAUCCUUUAAUCACAAUGUAGUCAACUAUAUUUACCAGUCCUUUUUGUUGUUUGUUUUUCUAAAUUUAUAAAAAGCAAACUGCAUUGUUUGACGAUGUUUAAUUUAAUUUGAAAGCACUAGUUACAGUUGCCAUUAAUGUUUUGAUAAGAUUAAACUAAAUCUUGUACCAA